AUGAGGCUAGCGCGGCUGCUUCGCGGAGCCACCUCGGCCGGCCCGGGCCCCGGGCUGCGCGCCGCCGGCCGUAGCGUCAGCCGCAGCCUCACCUCGGACUCGGGCUCCGGCCCGGCGCCCGAACGCGGCGUUCCCUGCCAAGUGGACUUCUACGCGCGAUUCUCGCCAUCCCCGCUCUCCAUGAAGCAGUUCCUGGACUUCGGAUCUGUGAAUGCUUGUGAAAAGACCUCAUUUAUGUUUCUGCGGCAAGAGCUGCCUGUGAGAUUGGCAAAUAUAAUGAAAGAAAUAAGUCUUCUUCCAGAUAAUCUUCUCAGGACACCAUCAGUUCAGUUGGUACAGAGCUGGUAUAUCCAGAGUCUUCAAGAGCUUCUUGAGUUUAAGGACAAAAGUGCUGAAGAUGCUAAAACUAUUUAUGACUUUACAGACACUGUGAUACGGAUCAGGAACCGACACAAUGACGUGAUACCCACAAUGGCUGAAGGUGUGGUUGAAUACAAGGAGAGCUUCGGGGUGGAUCCUGUCACCAGCCAGAAUGUUCAGUAUUUUUUGGAUCGUUUCUACAUGAGUCGAAUUUCAAUUAGAAUGUUACUUAAUCAGCACUCUUUAUUAUUUGGUGGAAAAGGCAAAGGAAGCUUAUCUCAUCGCAAACACGUUGGAAGUAUAAAUCCAAACUGCAAUGUGGUUGAAGUUAUUAAAGAUGGCUAUGAAAAUGCUAGGCGUCUGUGUGAUUUGUAUUAUAUUAACUCUCCCGAACUAGAACUUGAAGAACUAAAUGCAAAAUCACCAGGACAGCCAAUACAAGUGGUUUACGUACCAUCCCAUCUCUAUCACAUGGUGUUUGAACUUUUCAAGAAUGCAAUGAGAGCAACGAUGGAGCAUCAUGCUGACAAAGGUGUUUAUCCGCCUAUUCAGGUCCAUGUCACACUGGGUAAAGAGGAUUUGACUGUGAAGAUGAGUGACCGAGGAGGUGGUGUUCCUCUGAGGAAGAUCGACCGACUCUUUAACUACAUGUACUCCACUGCGCCCCGGCCUCGCGUGGAGACGUCCCGAGCGGUGCCCCUGGCUGGUUUUGGUUAUGGAUUGCCCAUAUCACGCCUUUAUGCGCAGUAUUUCCAAGGAGACCUAAAGCUCUAUUCCCUAGAGGGCUAUGGGACAGAUGCAGUCAUUUACAUUAAGGCUCUGUCAACAGAAUCAGUAGAAAGACUCCCGGUGUAUAACAAAGCUGCCUGGAAGCAUUACAACACCAACCACGAGGCUGACGACUGGUGUGUCCCCAGCCGAGAACCAAAAGACAUGACGACAUUCCGCAGUGCCUAG